AACUGUGGUUUCUGCUCUGUCUGCAGUGACCUGAGCUCUGCUCUACAUUUGUUUUAGCUUGGUGCACAAGCUUUCAUCAGAUUUUGUUGAGAGAUGUUGCUGGAUAACACUAAACCUUGCACUUUCUGGGUAUUUGUGAACUGGGCUUUAGUACUUGCCACAGCACAAGACGGCUGUGAAGAAGUGAAACCCCAGAAGGUCACCAAAGUUGAAGCCGCCUUGGAUUCGGGAAUUCUGGUUCCGUGCAACUUCAGCACCAGCUUGCUAAACCAGUCCAAGACCAAGGAUUGGGAAGUAGUGUGGACCUUCAAUAACUCCAAUUCCGAGACCAGUCUGGUUCAAAUCUUGUCGUCGGGACGCGAGCGCUUCUUGGAGAACAAGAAGGGCAGACUCAGGGUCUUCCCGGGCCUGUCAGAGAAGGGCAACUUCUCCAUCCGCAUCGAACAGCUCCAGCCGCAUGAUAUGGGCACAUAUCACUGCAAGUUCUUAGCUGGUCGCAGUUGCUUGGAAAUUCAGGGGAUUGAGUUCAGCCCAGGUUCUGGGAGCUCGGUUUGGGAGAGCUGGUACGUCAUCGGCUCAGCAGGAGGACUGGGGGUCAUCAUACUCCUUCCCUUUUUCGUUUUGUGUCUGCGGCGAAGAGGUUGCAGACGCCUGGCUGACCCGUCAAAGAAUCUUGGUCACGGUAAGAACAGCAGAGCAGGUCAGUCAUUGGAGACUAUUUAUGGAAACAUGAGCUUUCAUAAAGAAAACACCAUCGAUGUGACUAUCUAUGAAAACAGCCUUCAUGACCCAGAACACAGGGAGCAUGUGAGAAGAGAUCCAGUCAUUACUCAGAGCUUUGGCGGAGUAAAGAAAACAAAAUCAACAAAACCCGAUUAUGGUAUGAUCAGUUCUUCUUCUCUGCAUUCAACCAACGAGAGCUCUCCGAAAGCAUGGACACCCAGAGAAUAG